AAGAAAGACUGGGAGAGGGGCUACAAGAGGUGGGUUUUGGGGUGGGGGCGGUGUGGGUAUGCCGGGGUAAGAGGUUGGGGAUAGGGAGGACUCCCUGAGGCAGGAAGGGAGAGGGUGGGCAAGCGGAGGGGGCUAAAUGUAGUACUCCCUCCAAGGCCGCAGAGAUCCCGCUCCAGCCCCUGCUAACCAAAAGGUCGGCAGUUCAAAUCCAACGGCCGUUCCUUGGAAACCCUAUGGGGUAGUUCUACUCUGUCCCGUAGGGUCGCUAUGAGUCGGAAUCGACUCAACGGCAACGGUUCAGGUUUUUAGCAGGCAGGCUCUGUUAGUUCCCUCAGUGAUUCUAGGAAGGGCGUACUUUCCAUUAAGCCAGUUUUCCAGGAGCAGAAGCUGUACUUGCUGAGGCAGCACAGCCAGACGCUCCAAAAUCAAGCUGGAUUCUGAGCCCAGAACACAUGCUCUGCACUUCUACAACAACAAACUAAACCCAAGAAGAACAUCGAGGAGGAAGAGCUUGUCUCCAGCCGGAAAUGGAAAAGGCUCACAGAGGAGGGAGGUGAGUGUUUGUCUUGCCUCCACAGGCAGACUUCAACAGUCCCAGAUUGCUGGAAAUUCACCCCAGGAGGGGCCAAACCUGCUGUGAUGGAUGUCUUCAGCCAAGAAUGUGGGACACUGAAGGUCCUUGAUCCCUAGCCUUAGGGUCUCAACAUCAAUGAGGCAGUAGAUAGCUUCCAUUUUUUAGUUCACACACACACAAACAAAACUAAAAUGAAACUGCUGCUUGCAACCCUCUAAAAUGACCUCAUUACCCACAGGAACACCUGCAGUUUGAUGCUUCGUGAGGCUGAGAACCUGGAUUCACAAAAAGACAGCGCUGAACUACAGGAUGGGCAAUGGGGAAAGAAGCAAGGCAAGGGCUGCUCUGGGAAGUAGGGACAGUGUGGGAGCACAGGCCACUCCCAGUCAGUUGGGAUGGCAGAUGGUAUUUUCCCAAAAUGGCUACAGCAGUAUUUCUGGUCUUCCAGAACCUUCCACCCCCUCAAGACUCCCCCAUCUAUAUUCCUUCUGCUUGAACUUGGACGGGCUUGUGACUGCUCCAAUCAACAGAAUGUGGCAGAAGUGAUAUUAUCAGGUAAUUUCCAAGGCUGGGUAAUAAAAAGGAUUCAUUUUCUACUGGCUCUCUCUUAGAGCGCUCACUGCAGAACCCAGCCACCAUGUUGUGAGGAAGCCCCAGCGCACACGUGGAGACCUCCUGUGUGUGUUCUGGCUUCAGCCUAGCUAAAGUCGCAGCAACAGCCAGAAAGUUGAUUCCAGACCCUGCCUUUGAACCGCCUCUAUGGGUGAUGAGCAGAGCCAAGGUAAGCCGUUCCCACUGAGUCCUGACCAAACUGCAAAUUCACAAGCGAUCCAUUGUACUAAGUCAUUACAUUUUGGGGCAACUUGUGCAGUCCUAGUAACUGUAACUAUUACUUAAUAAGUACUCCCACCUGAGAGGUGAAUAAACUGAUACAGAGGGGUCUUGCCAGAGGCCCCUCCAGAUGGUAAGUGGCAGACAAUCUGACUCUGGAGGCCAGCAUUUAUUUUUAAUUUUUCAUCGAGAACAUUUUCAAACACACACUCAGGCCGUUUGACCAAGUGGGUCAAACUUUUUGGGCGAAAUGGCCAGUCAGUUUGUGGAUUAAUGUUUGCUCUGGGGUUUUUGCAGGAAAUGCAGAUGCCAUUUAUCUGGGUUUCUGAGCUACACAGCUUGAUACUGAACAAAAUAUUUUAAGCCAUACAAUAUGAGGAAAGAGCUCUUUUCUAAAAAUCUGAACUCGAAUCCAAUAUGAAAAACUGAGGUCCCUGUUGGGAGCCAGGAGCAUGGCAGCUGGGCACCCACACGAUUCAUCUCUGCAAUCCAUACUUAUAUGAAGAGAGAACAUACUGCUCAGUCGGUUUCUGACAGAUGAAAACCCUGUCUUGGCUAUCCUGAGCUAACCCUCCUCUUCUUGCCCUUCUGUGGAAGGAAUUUUUGUUAAUGCAUUUAUUUAAUUCAGUACUCACAGCUAGACUUCUAAGGCCAAUCAACGUGAUGUACCUAGCAUAUUGGAUCUUAGACAAAGUGUUAAACAAUAAUAAUUGUCCCACUGUGCUACCCAGCUGCACUGUCUCGCCUGCCAGACUCCCUCUGGGAGGCCCCUGCCUCUGAAGGAGGAGGCCCAUCUUGCCAGUGGAGUCCAGCAUGGGGCUGGUGACUGGUCAGACAUCACAAAGUCUUAGGGAUAGGCUAUAAAUAAAUCAUGGCUCCGUCCUUCCAACUGGAUGCUCCUCUCCAAGAACAAUAAGGGUCUGGUGGGCAAACAGGAAGCCCCUCAAGCUUAUCACAGUGGCCUCAGAAGCUAGGCUGCUGCAGGGUUCCUGAGGACUGAGCAGACCCAGCUACGGAGGCAUCAUUCCUCUCUGAGCUGGAUGGGAAGACCUGAGCCCACCUGAGUCCUCUGUCAUUACCCACAUUCUGCCCUCUACACAACUCUCCAGGGGUAGAAGAUUCCAGAAUCUUCUCUAUAGGAAAACAAGACCCAUCGCAAAACCUCUAUUCAAGAAGUUGCUAAAGUUGAGAGCAGAGAAAAAAGGACAAAUGAUGUGUAAAGAUGGGCGCUUGCUUAUGACAAAUCCUCAGUCUUCCAGGUGACUUGGAUCCUCAUGUCUAGGCGCCUAAAAAGAAAGGAAAGAAAGGCAAAGCCAAAGGCACUCCGAUUGUCGACGGGCUCGCUCCGGAAGACAUGAACAAGGAGCAGGUGGAGGACCAUAUCAACCGUAUCCGGGAGGAGCUGGAUCGGGAGCGUGAGGAGCGCAACUACUUCCAGCUGGAGCGGGACAAGAUCCAUACAUUCUGGGAGAUCACACGGCGGCAGCUGGAGGAGAAGAAAGCUGAGCUGCGCAACAAGGACCGGGAGAUGGAGGAGGCAGAGGAGCGGCACCAAGUGGAGAUCAAGGUCUACAAGCAGAAGGUGAAGCACCUGCUGUAUGAGCACCAGAACAACCUGACGGAGAUGAAGGCGGAGGGCACCGUGGUCAUGAAGCUGGCUCAGAAGGAGCACCGCACGCAGGAGGGUGCACUGCGUAAGGACAUGCGGGCACUGAAGGUGGAGCUCAAGGAGCAGGAGCUGGCCAAUGAGGUGGUGGUGAAGAGCUUGCGGCUGAAACACACCGAGGAGAUCACCAAGAUGCGCAGUGACUUUGAGAGGCAAGUUCGAGAAAUUGAGGCCAAGUAUGAUAAGAAGAUGAAGAUGCUGAGGGACGAGAUGGACCUGCGGAGAAAGACGGAGAUCCACGAGGUGGAGGAGAGGAAGAGUGGGCAGAUUCACACGCUGAUGGAGCGGCAUGAGGAGGCCUUCACCGACAUCAAGAACUACUACAAUGACAUCACCCUCAACAACCUGGCCCUCAUCAACUCACUCAAGGAGCAGAUGGAGGACAUGCGGAAGAAGGAGGACCACCUGGAGAAGGAAAUGAUGGAGGUGACCACGCAGAACAAGCGCCUGGCAGAGCCACUGCAGCGGGCGCGGGAGGAGAUGAGUGAGAUGCAGAGGAAGCUGACACACUAUGAGCGUGACAAGCAGAUCUUGAUGUGCACAAAAGCUCGCCUGAAGGUCACGGAGAAAGAGUUGAAAGACCUGCAGUGGGAGCAUGAGGUGCUGGAGCAGCGGUUCGUCAAGGUGCAGCAGGAGCGGGACCAGCUCUACCAGAAGUUCACGGCGGCCAUCCAGGAGGUGCAGCAGAAGACGGGCUUCAAGAACUUGGUCCUGGAGCGGAAGCUUAAGGCAUUGAGCACUGCCGUGGAGCAAAAAGAGGCGCAGCUCAACGAGGUCCUGGCCACCUCCAACCUGGACCCCGCGGCCCUGACCAUCGUGUCCCGGAAGCUUGAGGACAUGCUGGAAUCGAAAAACAGCACCAUCAAGGACCUUCAGUAUGAGCUGGCCCGUGUCUGCAAGGCGCACAACGACCUCCUGCGCACCUAUGAGGCGAAGCUCCUGGCCUUCGGGAUCCCCCUGGACAACGUGGGCUUCAGGCCCCUGGAGACAGCCAUCAUUGGGCAGACGCUGGGCCAGGGCCCUGCUGGGCUGGUGGCCACCCCCACAUAGCAGUCCAGGGCCCCUGUGUGGGCAUCCCCCCCAUACACUGAGGGAUCAUUUUUGGUUUUUAGAUUUUAUUGUUGGCAAAUGAAAGUUUUCCCCUUGGUCUGCAUGUCUCCUUGUCUGGCCUUUGUGAAGAAGCAGGACCAGGGCCCACCCAGCCUCACCCCACCCCCCGUAGCCUCCUCCCUCAUGCCCCCAUGCUCUGCCCUCCCCUAACCCUACCCAUCAGCCCAACGGGAAGGAUAGCUGGAGUUGCCAGCCUGACUUUAUUGACACCUGCUGAAACCUUGCGGGUGUUGGGGGGAAGCAGGCAGCUCAGAACCUUCUACAGUAAGUGGGGACCUACUCUGUGGCAGCCCCUCGUCAUGCAGCCCCUAGCUCCCACGGUAGGUGGUGUAGGACCAUGGACUCAGGAGCAGGGGCAUGUGGAACCUCUGCGUCUCAUUGGUGAUGGUGAAGACCACCUGAGAGGAAGUAGAGACCCCUGAGGGAAUGAGGCCCAGCACGGCCCCAAUGCCUAGCAGAACUGAGCUGAGGGGGGCAGGUCUUCUAGGAAGAAAGGGGUCCUAUGGGGUCUAUGACUCAAAAGAUGACUUGAAAAAGGUUGAUGCUUUGAGGGUGGCUUCCAGUGAAGGGAGAGGUGGCUCAGAUGACAACCUCAGCCUACAAAUGGCUGAGUCACACUAGCCUGGCCCCCCCAAAGCCUGACCCAGGGGCAGGCCGGGUACAGGCAUGACCUCAUAAAGCCUAAUGAAGCCACAAGUCCACAGAUCCUUCUAGGACCUCAAAGCAGGUGACUGCACCCAUCCCCACACCCAGGAGAGUGGGGGGUGGCACCAAUCUGCCCAUGUGUGGAUGGUGGCCGGCUGGGCCACCUCCCUCACCUCCACGUAGGGGUAGAAGCUCUCCUGCCCCUGCUUCCAGUAGCCCUCGGUGUCAAAGAACAGCUUGUAGGUGCCUCCCUUCAUCUGGCCUGGCUCCAGGAGCCCAGGGUAGCGGCCCUCUGUGUUGGUGUAGCUGCGGAGAGGACAGAGGGGACUGGACAAGGAGCUCUUGCCCGGCUCUUCCUGGGGUCUGCACUCCCACUGGUCCCAGCCUGCCUCAGCUGCAGACGGCCCUGGGCCUGGGUUCCUGGGGGAGCUCAGGGACACCGCUGUGCCACCUGGUUUAAUAUUAGAAAAGGCAGAACACAGAGUAGCAAAAAAGAACCUGACCUACUCCAACAGCAAUAAUCAUUUUAUAUUUGGUAUAUAUUUUUCCACCUUUCUCUGUACAUAAGAAUACGUUUGUCUAUAAACUUUUUAACAUAAAAUGGAUUGUACUAUUAUACUGUUUUAUAAUCUGUGUCUUUCACUUCGGAUAUUGUGUGUCACUUUCUAGAUGGCGAUGUUUCCAACAUCCGAGCAUUUGUGUCUGAGUGACAUGACCCCUUGUUGGGGCUC